AUACAGCUUAUCCGAGGUAAACAAAGACCGCGCACGUUUAAUUUAUCCGGAAGCAAUAUUGUACAAGGUAUUUGCCAUUUGAUCUCUCAAGAAUUCUAAAAAAAAUUCCAAUCCCAUCUCUCUUAUUAUCUCUCUAAAAAUUCACAAAAAGUUCUAAAAAGUCCCAAGAUUAAAAAUCCCAUCAAAUCAGAAUCAAAACAAAAACUCACAAAAUCAAAAUUCGGACAGACAAAAAAAAAGCACAGACUCACAUACUUAAACGCUGCUUAUCAUCAAGCUAUCAAUAUCCCAAUUAAGUGCGUCGCUCAUCGAAAGUUUGCUUCAAGCCCCCAAUUAUGCUAUAAAUACAACCGUCGCUGGUCCAGCCACCAACAGUCGAUAAUUUACUCUCCUCAUUGGCGAUUGGCAGCAAAUGAGCCUCAAUUAUACAAAAAAAAAAAAUCGCCACCACUUUGCUUGCUCGCUAAGCCAUUUAUAGUUUAACAGCAAGUUGUGUUUCGGUUUUGUCUGUCUUUCGUAAAUUUUUAAUCGAAAAUGAUUAAUUUAAUUUGCCGUCUCGUGGUCGUGCUAAGUUUAUUCCUGACUUGUGUCUCCACAGCCCCAGGUUUAACGAACCCUUUUAACACGGAAGUUAACGAAAUGGAGGACGAAUACCGCAUGCAUCCGGUGUUAAACUUUAAGCGAAGCAGUAGUUCCAAUCAACGACUCCAAAAACGUGCCAUGCCAAAGCUUAGUUUUCGUUCACCCAACCCCGACGAAGAGGAAAGCGAAUACUGGAGGGACACGGCCCAGGAUAUUCUUCGCAAUCAGCUGAACAAAAACCAACUGAAUAUGAACGUGGCCAAGAAUGUCAUAAUGUUCCUGGGCGAUGGAAUGUCCAUCCCCACAGUAACAGCGGCUCGUGUUUAUAUGGGUGGUGAGGAACAGCAAUUGUCCUUCGAGAAGUUCCCUUACAUUGGCCUUAGUAAGACUUACUGUGCAAAUACCCAAGUGGCAGACUCGGCGUGUACAGCGACGGCUUAUCUGGGUGGUGUGAAGGCCAAUUACGGGACCAUUGGUGUGUCGGCUGCCGUUGAUUUAAAUAACUGUCGGGCACAGAACAACACAGAGCACCAUGUGCCGUCGAUAGCGGAGUGGGCGCAGAGCCGAGGACUGGCGACAGGACUUAUUACAACCACCUCAGUGACACACGCUUCUCCUGCUGGUGUUUAUGCUCACACAGCAAAUCGUAACUGGGAAAAUGAUGGAGAAAUUCUGAAAGAUGGCGAAGAUCCCGAACAAUGCCUUGACAUAGCACAGCAAUUGAUAUAUGGCACAGUGGGGCGCAAUUUAAAUGUAAUAAUGGGCGGAGGAAGGGAACAAUUUCUCCCAAAAGGACAAAAAGACAUCUUGGGUGGCAAAGGCAAACGUCAUGACAAUCAGAAUUUGAUUGACAAAUGGAAGAGCAUUCAUAAUGGUGCAUCAGCUUUUGUACAAACCAAAGAGGAAUUGUCUGCUACACCGAAGGACGUUGAAUUUAUGAUGGGACUCUUUGCCACAUCUCAUAUUCCCUUCCACGUCGAUGCUGAUAAUGAGACUAUUCCUAGUCUUGCUGAGAUGGUCGACAAGGCAAUCGAUGUCCUGGAAGCUCAAAAUCGUGGUUAUUUCCUCUUCGUCGAAGGUGGCCGUAUCGAUCACGCCCACCAUGACACCGAAGCCGUUCGAGCCUUAGACGAAACGAUUGAAUUUCAUAAGGCCAUUGAUUUGGCCCGCAAGCGGACGAGUGAGUCGGACACCUUGAUUGUUGUUACAUCGGAUCAUUCGCACACAAUGUCAGUGGCAGGCUACUCGAGUCGAAAGAACGACAUCUUCGGCAUUAGUAAUGGCCAAUUGGGCACUGAUGAAAUUCCCUAUGCCACAUUGAGCUAUGCCAACGGACCUGGAUUUGAAAGCCACAUGGCUGAGGGCCGUCGGCGAAAUCUGCUCCAAACAAAUAUGAGAGAUAAGAAUUUUAGGUUUCCAGCGACUGUUCCCUUGGAUUCGGAGACACAUGGCGGUGAUGAUGUGGGUGUAUUUGCGAGUGGGCCACAAGCACAUCUUUUUACCGGAGUCUACGAACAGCAUUAUAUUCCACACGCAAUGGCUUAUGUGGCCUGUUUGGGAGAAAAGAUGACCGCAUGUACAAAAACUUAGGAGGCUUAUAUAUAUUUUUUUUUUCGUGGUUGCUGUUGACUUUAAGGAUAAUUUAUUUAUUUUUCUGUGUAUUAUCGUCGUUCUCUAUAUAACAAACAUUUUUCGCAAUUUUUCACGAUGAUGUAUUGUGUUCUUCAUUCACAGUCACACAAAUCGGUUUAAGUAAGACAAACAAACAAACAUAAAAAAAAAAAAAAAAAA